UGCUAACCUCUGCGCAGCUGUGUUAGACAAAUAUGUAUUUUUUUUUUUUUAGCUUUCCUUCCUCAUUUGUUAGAUUUUAUGUCAAACAAACUUUCUCCGAACUGGUUGAAUUGCUGGAAAAGCAAUCAGAAACAACCGAGUGAAACAGAUGACUAGACUUCAGUCAGUUUGUAAGCGACAGUUAUUAUCAAGAUGAUCUGGGGCCUGUGCAUGAUAUGUAUGGCUGGGGGUUUAAGAGCAGUCCAUGCAGGUCCGCUCACGAAGACCAGCAAGAUGGAAGACAUGACUGCACCACAGGAAGAAGUCAACGUGCUCAUAUUUGGUGUCAUACAGUUAAGCGAAUCCCUUAACUAUGUUUAUGAAACCACUGAAGCAAAGAUAGCGAAAAUCAGCCAGACUUUGAAGAGCCAUGACAGGACUCUUCAAAAGUUGGGAAAGCAGACAGAGCAGGCCUUUGAGGUGGAGAAACAGAUGAAAGAAGUGAUACAGUUGCUACAGGCCCAGAUGGCCAAGCAACAUGCUCAGACCAAGAUGACUACAGACUGGCUGGACAGCAUGGAGCAGGAAGAGGUGGAGCUGAAGACAAAAGUGAAAAGGUUGGAGACACAUCUCAACAACUCCAUACCCACCAGCAUCAAAGAACUGCAGAAAAGAGCAGAUGAGCACUCCAACGUCUUGAAAGGUUUACAGCAUUUGAUGCAGUUCCAAAAAGAGAACAUUGAGACUCAGAAUGAGCAGCUGUCAAAAUUGCAGAAGAUGGUGAGUCACUUGUUCAAAACAUUUGAUGUUUUGAACCAGUGAUCGUUUCGUUUAAUAAAAUGUACUAUUUUAUUUCCUUCCUCCAAAAUGACGCUAUGACAUAGUUUCAGCUUUGAAAUUCACCACUGAGGUCUCCCAGUCUACACAGCUCUGAAUGGAACGUGUCCACCUGGAUCUCAACUCUGGAAUGUCACUGCACUCCCUUCCAACCCUGGUGUUCCUAAUAAACUGCCAACUGAGUGCAUUUGUUAUGUAAUAUUUUUUGUGUCUUUUGUUUGUCUGACUUUGAAGUACUUGGUAAACU